AUGACUACGGAGGCGAUCACCUUCAAUCAUAUUCUUGGACAGGGACGUGUUAAUCAACUCGGUGGAGUAUUCAUCAAUGGCCGCCCCUUGCCACAAGCUGUACGGGUUCAGAUCAUUGAAAUGGCAUCAAAAGGAGUCAAGCCUUGUCAUAUCAGUCGCCAACUUCGAGUGUCCCACGGAGCCGUGUCCAAGAUCCUCAAUCGGUACGCGGAAACGGGAUCAAUAUCACCGGGACAGAUUGGCGGCAAUCCUCGCAGUAAGAUCUCGUUACAGUCGAUAGAAAAGCAGUUGAUGGUCACUUACGAAGAGAAUCCUAACCUUUGUGCGGCAGAGCUACGACAGUUGCUCAUCGAACAAGAAGUAUGUUCGAGAGCAACGGCCCCUACAGUUGCCUCGAUCAACCGAUUCAUACGGGGCAAGGGAUGGCAUCGAGAGAAGAAGCCUGAAAAGAAGCGGCUCAAUCACAGUAUCGACAGUAUUCUCGGCAUCUCAAUGGAUUCUGACAGCAAGUGCUCCUCAUCGGACGACGACUCCCUUUCACCGUCCGAAUCUCGUCGAAAUCGCACCUCAUUCACUGCCGAACAAUUGGAGACGCUCGAAAAUGCGUUCAAAAUGAACACCUAUCCAGACGCAGUCGAACGAGAACAGAUUGCUAAACAAACUGGUCUGACUGAGGAGAAGAUUAUGACUUGGUUUUCCAAUCGCCGUGCUCGCUGUAGAAAACAUCUCCCAAUGUAUCCCAGCAUUUUUCCAACUAUCAUUCCGUCGACGCAGACUACGCAACCGCUGUUCCCGAUGGCUCCGUCGUUACCGCUCUUCAUGUCCACAGCUCCGCUACUCUUUCCCACGUUCUCAUCUACUGAACUGUCGUAG